AUGCAGAGAAGCUGCCUUGACAUUAUCGGCUUGGAGGAGGCUGGGAGGCGCCACACCUACAAAUGGAUCAUUGCCAGUCGAAUCGAUCUGCAUUGGCUUGGGCCACACUUUUCCCCUCUCCGUCUUCGAACCUUUGCAGGCACUGGUUUGGACGGUUUCAGCGUCGCCGUGCCUUGGGGUCAGGAAAAUGGCGGCGUGAACGAUCGCCACAUAGUUGUGUCCCGCAGGUUGGCCGGUUGCAUCCUCGAUAUUUGGGGUUCGCACUUAAAGAAUAGAAAUGCUAGCUCAAUGCGUCAGCAUCUAAACGGAGAGCAGAAGUGGGCAUUGCAUUUGCAGAGCUGUGGGGCUCGUGUCCAGAAGUUCAAGCCAAUGGCGCUCGUCACAUGUUGUGAUGACUACGAGACUUGUGAGCACUUCCGUGAUACAGUCAUCAUGGAACCUGGCCAGACAGGAGAAGUGGCACCCGGCAUUUGCAGCAGGUAUCCUUCAGAAUGGACCGAGGUCACACUCGGGCACCACACUGAAGGGGCUUUGAUCUAUGAGCGGACCCAAGGUGCAACAUGGUUACAGCUCGCCAGCGGACAGAUUGUUUAUGGCUGCUUUGAUCACAGAAGUCGUGCGAAUACAUUGGACCGGCCAGUAUUUCCGUGCUGA